AUGGAUGCAUCUCAGGAUGAUGUUGCUAAUGCUAAUGCUAAUGCUAAUAACAAUACACAACAAGGCGUUGUUCGUGGAAAAACUGAUCCUGCAUGGGAGCAUGUUGCAUUCAGGAAAGAAGGAAAAACUAAUUGCUACACUUGUCUUCAUUGUGGAACUGAGUACAGAGGAGGUGGCAUAAAUAGAAUGAAGCAGCAUCUUGCUCGUUUACCAGGCCAAAUUAGCUAUUGCAGGAAGGUUCCUGAAGAUGUUAGUCACCGAAUGAAUGUGGCAUUGGAAAGUAUUCAAGCUAAGAAAAAUAAUGUUGAAGUCAAUGAAGCAUACAAUGGACCAACUCAAAAUGAUGUGAUUGAAACAAAUGAGUCUUCCCCAUUGAAUAGUUCACUUCCUCCUACUCAACAGAAAAGUAAAAGGAAAGCUACUGCAAAUAUUAGUGACUUUUUUGCUCCUAGGACAACUCCUGGCUCUCAACCAACCCUUAAAAGUGUUUGGGCUAGCAAAGAAGCAGUACAUAAAGCUCAUAUGGCAAUUGCAAGAUGGUUAUAUGAUGCUUGUAUUCUAUUUAAUGCAACCCAAUCACCUUAUUUUCAAGCUGCUGCGGAUGCUAUUGUUUCUAUAGGUCCUGGUUUUAAAGUUCCAUUUUAUCAUGAAGUAAGGGUUAAUUUGUUGGAAGAUUGUAAGAAAGAGUGCCAGUUGCUUGUUGAGACUUAUCGGGAAAGUUGGGCUAAAAGAGGAUGUACAAUCAUGGCUGAUGAAUGGAGUGACCAAAGACAAAGAACUCUGAUAAACUUUCUAGUUUAUUGUCCUGAUGGUAUGACAUUUGUGAAAUCUGUUGAUGCGUCUAAUGUUGUUAAAGAUGCUGGGACAUUGUGCAAUUUAUUUUCUGAAGUUAUUGACUGGGUUGGGCCUGCCAAUGUUGUCCAUGUAGUAACUGACAAUGCCGCUAAUUAUGUUGCUGCUGGUAAAUUGAUACAUGACAAAUAUGAAACAAUUUUUUGGUCUCCUUGUGCUGCACACUGUAUGAAUCUUCUUUUGAAGGAUAUUGGUAGCAUGCCUCAUAUUGCAGACCUUGCUUCAAAGGCUUCGAAGGUAACCAUCUUUGUGUACAAUCACGUGGUUUUCUUAUCUUGGCUUAGGCAAAGAGAUGGGUGGAAAGAAAUUGUUCGUCCUGGAGUGACUCGGUUUGCCACUGUUUUUUUGACAUUGAAGAGUAUUCAUGACCACAAGAGUCACUUGCAAGCUUUAGUGUUGCAUAGCCACUUCACUAGUCACAGGUUAUCCAAGUUAGCAGCAGGAAAGGCUGUAAGUGCUAUCAUUCUAGACAAUAGGUUUUGGGAUCACUGCUUUCUUAUAACAAAUCUUGUAGCUCCACUUAUUCGAUUACUGAGAAUUGUUGAUGGAGAUGAAAAGCCUUCUAUGGGUUACGUAUAUGAGGGCAUGCAAAGGGCAAAGAAUGCAAUCAAGACAAUGCUUCAAAAGAAGAAAGAUUUGUAUAAGCCUUACACAGAAAUUAUUAAAGCGCGAUGGGAUAGACACUUAAAGCGCGACCUUCAUGCAGCCGCUUAUUUUUUGAAUCCUGCAUUCUCUUAUGAUGAAAAGUUCCAAGAGAAGAAUAGGGUAGUGCAGGAACUUCUUAAAAUAUUUAAUAUCAACUCAUUUAAUAUUGACUUGACAAAGGCCAUUCAAGAGAUGCAACUGUAUCGUGAGCGGAAAGGAAGUUUUGAAUCCAAUGGUGCUAAAAAAGUGGCAAAAACAAUACAAGCUGAUCAAUGGUGGGUAUGCUACGGGGGUGAUGCUCCAAUUUUGCAAAAGCUUGCAAUCCGUCUUCUUGGUCAAACAUCAUCUUCCUCUGGUUGUGAGAGAAAUUGGAGCUUAUUUGAACGUAUCCAUACAAAGAGAAGAAAUAGACUUGAACAUAAAAGACUAAAUGAUCUUGUUUAUGUUACUUACAACUUGCGUUUGAAGAACAGGUUGGUUCACAACAAGAAAGCUUAUGAUCCUAUUGAUUAUGAAUCCAUUGACAAUCUUGAUUUUUGGGUUGCUGAGGAAGAAGAAACAACCCCUGAAUUUGAUGCUGAUGACAUUGAUGAUUUUCUUUUUACCCAUAACUCAACUCCAGUAGUUGGUCAAACAUCAAGAACUAAUGGAGGUGAAAAUGUUGGAAGCUAUGGUGGUGCAGCUAGUGGAGCAUAUGAAGAUCCCAACAUAUCGGCAUAUGAUGGAGUUGAUCUUAGUGAUUGUUAUGACUUAUGA